GCGCAUCGGACAUCACGGCCCUCCCCCCGGGAGAGCAGGAGGAGGAGACGGCGGCUGCUGCGGCCUCGGGUCCAGCGCUUGGGGCGGCCGGGAGCGACGGACAGCGGCCUGGGGGCCGGCCAGAGCGGAACCAGCAGGGUUGAGGAGUGACUCGAGGUGCCUGCUCUGAAGGGGCCAUUCUCUCUCGCUCUCUCUCCCGUCGACCUCUCUCCCCCGUAGCACCCCUCCUGGACGCGGAGGCGUGCCGGAAUGACGUCCUUUGGCUGGAAGAGGCGAGUGGGGGAGAAGGUGUCCCGGGCGGCGGCACAGACGUUCGAGGCAGCGGCAGCGGCGGUGGGAGAGGACGGGGCGGUGGAGUCCGACGUGGACUGGCUGCACGUGACCAAGCGCCGGCGGGAGACACUGCAGGAGGACUGCGCCGCCAAGAGCAAGAGGCUGAAGGACGAGGGAGCCUUCUUCUCGGAGAACGGCAGGUACUGGGAGGCGAUCGGUCGGUGGGAUGAAGCUAUUCAGCUGACGCCGGACUGUGCAGCCCUGUACGAGAUGAAGGCUCAGGUGCUGAUGAUCCUGAACGAGGUGUUCCGGGCGGUGCAGGCAGCGGAGGUGGCCGUCCGGCUGAAGCCGCGGUGGUGUGAGGCCUGGCAGACCCUGGGCCGGGCCCAGCUCAGCCUCGGGGAGGUGACCUUGGCUGUGAGGACGUUCCAGCAGGCGGUCCAUGCCUUCCCGGGGGAGAAGUCUCUGUGGGAUGAGGACCUGUGCUGGGCGGUGGAGCUGCGGCGGAGGCAGCGGGAUCUGGCCGAGGUGGAGGUGGAGGUGGAGACGCCCGCCCCUGAGCUGCCCGACUACGACUUUGAGAGCGACGAGCUGGUGGCGGCGUGCGCUGCCAUCGCUGACAGGGAGCGGGACGCCCGCCGCGCCGCUGCCCCCAUCUUCGUGAGGGUCCCGGGGGGCGGGGAGGAGGGGAAGGAGGGGGAGGAGGGGGAGGAGGAUCCCCAGCAGUCUGGCGGCUUCAUCCAGGCCCGGUAGCGGCAGUCCCUUCCCUCCCCUCCUCUCCGCCCCUCAGCCUUGGGACCCGGGGAAGAGCAGGGGGGGGGAGGACCGGGAGAAGGACAGGCUUCGUGACCCCUGGGAAGGGGUGGGGGGGGGAGUGAGGGGCCGAGACCGAGACCGAGAGGAGGACAGGCUUUGUCGCUCAGAGUGACUACACUUUUGGACUUGACAACACGAGAGAUGCUGGAGUCUCGAACCCAUCACAAAGUGCUGGAGGAACCCAGCAGGUCAGGCAGCAUCUGUGGAGGGAAAGACAGACGACAACAGUACAGCACAGGAACAGGCCAUUCGGCCCACAAUGUCUGUGCCAAACAUGAUGCCAAGUCCAACUCCUGUCUCUCUGCAUAAUCCAUAUCCCUCCACUCCCUGCAUAUCCACGUGCCUAUAUGGAGCGCACUAUCUUACCCGUCUCCACCACCACCCCCUGGCAGUGCAUUCCGGGCAGGCGCCAUUCCCUGUGUGACAAAAAAUAACCUUCCCCUCACAUCUUUCAAACUUUGCCCCUAUCACCUUCAAACUCUGGCCUCUUAUAUUUCAUAUUUCCAUCCGUGACGAAAGGUUCUGACUGUCUACCCUAUCUAUGCCCCUCAUAGCUCUAUAGACUUCCACCAGGUCUUCCAUCAACCUCUGGCGUUCCAUAGAAAACACGGGAAUCUCCGCAGCCUCCAGGUAACGGUGGCGCAGCGGUAGAGUUGCUGCCUCACAGCACCGAACACCCGGGUUCCAUCCCGACUAUGGGUGCUGUCUGUACGGAGAUCGUACGGUCUCCCCGUGACCUGCGUG